AUGUCGUUCACACACUCUCUCUCAUGCGCACUCCCGUGUGUGCCCCCCCCCCUGCAGUACGCCGACCCCAAGGCCCUGGCCCACGUCACGACGCCGGUGUUUGCAAUCAACGGCGACAAGGACCUCUUCUGCCCCGCAGCAGGAGCCUUCAAGACGAUCAACCUGUUUGGAGGGCCGCACCGCCGCUUCCUGUUCCUGGGCCCAGCCUACGGCACCACGCGCCACCACUACGGCCACUUCUGCCCCAUCAUCGGGCGGCACAUCAAGACAGAGGUAUUCCCACACAUAGAGGCCUUCAUGGCCGAGUUCGACUCAGCAGACACCGCAGACACAGCCGCGAUGAUCGCCACCAAGCACAAAUUCGGCUGCGCGGCGGCCGCGCCUGGGAACAGCGCGCCGGGCCCGCCGCAGCGCCUGCCGCUGGUGCCAGCAGCAGUCCAGGCAGUAGGAGCCAAAGACUGCGCUUGA